UCCCCCUCCUUCUCCGCAUUCCGAAUUCAAAGUCGGACAGAAUAGCAAUGCUCUAUCGUUACCCUUCUCAUGCAGUGGACACAAGUAUUCUCCCGCAAUACCGUUGAAAAUUCGGGCAGCACCGCUCGAGAUUUCUGUAUGCUCGAGCGAAACAUGCUCGCACAUAUCAAGCUCGCCCUACUCCUCUCUGUCCUCUCGUCGUCGCUUAUCCUGCAAGCCCGACUAGUUCCAACAACGGACGAAGGUAGUUACGUCCAAGCGUAUGGGUUGCCUCUUGCAAUCAUCCAGUUUGUCGCUGCACUAUUGGCCAUAGCUGCAGGGGUCUGGGAGUACCAUGUCGGUUGUCGGGACCUGAUGAAGAUGCGAGCAUUUCUGGUGGCACCCAAGCCUCAUUUCGCUAUCAUGACCAUUGUCAUGGCCAUCGUGUUCACUACCUGUGUAAUUUUGCUCGACAAGGCUGAUACUUGAUCAGUGUAUCAUCAUUGGCAGAAAGUUGGGGGAGGCGGAUCCAUCAGUGUAUUGAGCUAGUGUUAGUAUACAUUUUUCUGUGAAAUUCGGUAGGCCGAUAUCGGUCCGAAAGCACUGAUAUGGCAAUCAAUCGUGCAAUGCGUCGAUAUUUUUUACCUGCACC